CGACGUCAACCUUAAAUCUCAAACCACAGUACAGGGGUAUAUAUAUUCCUCAUCCAACGAUAGGGCUAGGGUUUCCGACUUUCCAUCUUCAUUCACCAGAUUUCAGAACAAGCUUCGAUCGAAAAUGGUGAAGGGUCGCCAAGGAGAGCGCGUCAGGCUUUAUGUGCGAGGCACAGUUCUUGGAUACAAAAGGUCGAAGUCGAAUCAGUACCCAAACACUUCUCUGGUUCAGAUCGAGGGCGUGAACACGAAGGAGGAAGUAUCAUGGUACGCCGGGAAGAGAAUGGCUUACAUUUACAAGGCCAAGGUGAAGAAGGACGGUAGCCAUUACCGUUGUAUUUGGGGAAAGGUUAUUAGACCUCACGGUAACAGUGGUGUCGUUCGUGCUAAGUUCACUUCUAACCUUCCUCCCAAAUCCAUGGGUGCUAGGGUCAGAGUGUUCAUGUAUCCCAGCAACAUAUGAGGUACUUUUAUUUCAAUUGCUUGAAAUGGAUUUCAAUAUGUGUUUGAACUUGUCUUAUAGAUUCUGGUUUUGUAUAUGUGAAAGUGGCUCACAAGUUUUCUUUUUGGCUUAUUAAAUUUGUGGUUUUAUUUAAGUUUUUGUGAUUGUGUUUUAUGAUAUGACAUUAUGGUUUCUUCUAGCUAUGAAACCUAUUCAAUUUUCAGAAAUUAAAGUCAAUGAGCUAUAUAUUAUUUUCUUAGGUUGCUGAAAUAAAAGACUGAUUGUUGUGACUUUGUUACAAAUCAUUUUAAGACAACGUAUUAAGUUCAUGUUUGCUUUUCCACAGUUUUUAACUCAAUCACUAACCUAAAGCUAGAAUUUUAUCACAUAGGAUUUGCAUAAGAAUUAAUCUAUAUUGUGGGAGUGUUAAAUUUCUUUAAGUAUUGAUCAUGAUACAUUGAUUUAUAAUGUUUGGCUGUGAAAUAGCUGACGGAGUUGCUAUGAAGUUAUGUUUAUUCAUAGUUUGUGCACUGAAAUUUUGCUUAUUUUUAUCUGCAAAGCAUUGAUGAGUUGAUACUAGGAGUAUGCUUUGAUCUUGGUGAUUGUUAACUUGUUAAAAUUGUAUUUGAUUUUGGCAUUUCAUUUGUUGAUCUGAUGUUAAAAUUGUACUUUUGUUGGUUUGGCUUUUGUAGGUGUUUUUUCAUUUAGAUGAUAGAGUGGAGUACUGCAAGGAAAGACAAACGAGUUUUGGAUUUAUUUUUGUUUAGACUUAAUAUUUCAGAUCUAUACUCAGCAAGAACGCUAGCUACUUAUUGUGCCUUUGUUUUUGUGUUGGUAUUGAUUUCAGAUACCUUGAUACAAUUUUUUGUUGCCAGUUUUGAAAGACCUCAAUAUGCUUCCCUUCCCUUUAAA